AAACUGAGCACGAGAGACAAUGAAAUCAAAGAGUUACAGCAGAAGAUCAAGAUGCUGGUUCCAGAGGGUGUGAAGCUGAAUCUGGUUGUGUGUGGGAGUAACAAUGAAUUAAAAUCCUUCAUAUCAAACCUGAUCCUGAAUCAGAGCGAGGAGAGAUCCGAGUGUGCGAGGAGAGACGUGGAGCUUCACGGACGUCUGAUCAGUCUGGUGGAGCUUCCAGCUCUGUUCAGCACUCAGCUCUCAGAGGAGGAAGUGAUGCGCCAGACUCACCGCUGUGUGUCUCUCUUUCAUCCUGGAGUUCAUGCUUUCCUCCUCGCUCUUCCUGAUGGUCCAAUCAAUAAUGAAGAUAAAGCAGAAACCGAGAGGAUCCAGAGGAUCUUCAGCUCAGAAAUCAACAAGCACAUCAUGAUCCUCAUAAAGCAGAAAACAGAAGAGCAGACGGCAAAAGGAAAUGAUGAAACACAGUCUGUCAUUGAGAGUUUUGAGGACGCACGCCAUUUUGUCGGACCGAACACUCUAAAGGGUCUCAGUUGGUAG